UUGAUGCGCCACAUGCUAACCCACACAGGAGAGAGACCAUAUCCUUGUCAGAUCUGUGGGAAUAGAUUUGGACUAAAACAUGAUUUGUUAAGCCACAUGAGAACUCACACAGGAGAGAGACCAUUUAGUUGUAAAAUUUGUCAUAAAAGUUUCAGCCAAAGUGGCACAUUGACUAAUCAUAAGAGGACCCAUUUAAGUGAGAAACAACAUUGCUGUGAAGAAUGUGGAAAAUAUUUCACCCAAAAGGGGGCAUUAAAGGUUCACAUGAGGACUCACACAAAUGAAAAGCCGUAUUCCUGCAACACGUGUGGAAAAAUUUUUAGAUCCAGCACUGGUCUGCUCUAUCACAUGAGAACGCACACUGGUGAAAAACCUUAUUGCUGUAAAGUUUGUGGGAAACGAUUCAUUCAAAGCAGCCACUUGCUGCAUCAUAUGAGUACCCAUACUGGUGAAAAACCUUAUUGCUGUAAAAUUUGUGGGAAAAGAUUCAGUCAACGCAGCCACUUAGGCAGCCACAAGAAAAGCUGCCUCAGAACCUCCACAGAGUAAAGAGGAACAGUAGGAACCAGGACUUUUCUCCAGGUGGUAGGUC